AUGUCUUCUGAUAUCAGUCAAUUGAUCUCUCAGGCGCAGUCUCCAGACAAUUCGUUAAGGGAGCAUGCUGAGCAGCAGCUGCUACAAUCGUGCGAUUCUAACGCUUCUUUAAUAUUUCAAGCUUUGACGGAUGUCGCAAUAAAUAAUUCAAAUAAGUUAGCUGCCAGGCAGUUCGCUCUAUUAUCGUUGAGAAAGCUUAUUACUUUCUAUUGGUCCCCUGGUUUUGAAUCCUAUAGGAAUACCUCACAAAUUGAUCUGGAUACUAAAUCGUCAUUGAGAAACUACCUCAUCCAAUUGGCAUUGGAUGACAACCAGGAUUCUAAAAUCAAGUCAAGUGCGUCAUAUUGUGUCACACAAAUUUCAGCAGUAGAUUUCCCAGACCAAUGGCCUGAACUUUUAUCCAUUCUUUACGGCUGUAUUACUCAACAUUACUCGCUGAGUGCCAUAAAAUUAUUAAACGAAAUCUAUGACGACAUUGUAUCUGAAGAAAUGUUUUUCGAGGGUAAUAUAGGAUUAGAAACGUUAAGUAUAGUCUAUCAGUUGCUAGAAAGUGGGGAUAAUGUGUCAAUUCAGGCACGGAUUGCCCUGGUGGAUCUUUUAAAUGCCACGAUUACCCAAAUGACAAAUGUGGAUUCAAAUUUGACAGAAAAGAGAAAGCAACUUCUUUCAGAAAGUAUUCCUAGAGCACUAGGCCUAUUGAGCAACAUUUUAGAAAUGUCUCAUAGAGAUAUAAGUACAGAUUCAUUGACCUUCAUCGGUAAAAUUUAUGAAAUUCUAGUAUUGAUUAAGAACGAAUUGCCUAAAAAAUUCUUUAGUGCACAAACCAGGGACGCUUAUAAACGUAUCACUCUCAAUACUUUAUCUUUGUUGCAAAACAAAUAUGCCUCUAUGACAGAACCGGCAGAGACAGAGUUAGAAUCAUUUAGUGAAUGCGCUAUUCAUACAUUGGAAUUCUUAACUAGUUUGUCAUAUAACACUAAUUUUACGGAGGAAGAACGGACAAUUAUCUUAAAUUCAUUGUUGGUUUUAUGCAGUCUGGACCCUGUGACGAAGGAAACAUGGUUAGCUGAUUUCAACCACUUUGUAUCAAAGGAAACAGGGCUUCUACCGUCUUAUACCAUUAGAGAUCAAAGUUUUGAAUUCUUGACUUCCUUGAUCGAUCAAAAUUUUCAAUUGAUUUUAAAGUCAAUAUUCCAAUACUUUUUUACGUUAAUAUCCUCUUCUUCACCUAGCGUUGAUCCUUCUCAACUUGAAACAACAUUUUAUCUUUUACAAUCCAUCCUUUCGAAUGAUGACGAUAUAGAAAAUGUUAAUAAUGAGGAAAUAACCAGUGUUCUCAGGGUAUUACCUUCAUUACUUACCAACGUACAUGAUUCUUUGAUGGUAUCCCGAAUUAUACUAGCCCUUCCCAAGAUUUUAGAGAAAUUCAUGGAUGAUUUGCCAGAUGUAAAAGCAAUGGUGCAAACAUUUUUGGUGCAGUCAACUGAACUGGCAUUGAGGUUAUCUGGUGAUUAUAUCAUUAAAUCUAGUGUUUUGAUUUCGUUCACAAGUUAUUGCUAUUUUGCAGAAUUGCCUAGUGUUUUAGGACCUGAAUUAUGUGCAUCCAUACAAAAAAGUAUUUUAACCUUAAUGAAGCAAGUUUCAAACGAAUCCGAAGAUGAUACUAAUGGUUUAUUGACAGAGGUAUUGAACAAUAUCAUCGAAUGUAAUUCAACCAAUACUAGCCAAGAGAUUUUACAAACAGAAUUCAGUUUACUGUUCAGUAUAUCAAGUAAAGAUCCAUCCAACGUUCAGAUUGUUGUAGAAUCUCAAGAAUCAUUGGAGAAACUUCUAACUAACGUCACAGAGAAGGUAUAUUUAGAAUACAUUCAAAUAUACUUACCUCCUUUUAUUAACAUUAUUCAUGCAAAUUCUACCACCUCUUAUAGAUAUUCACCGCUAUUAUCAUUAGUGUUAGAGUUCAUUACAAUUUUCAUGAAGAAGAAGCCUAGCGAUUCUAAAAUUUUACCUGAAAGUAUUAUAGCUAAUCUUUUCCAGCCACUUGUUGAUAUUUUGACGACAUCAACAGAAGAUGAAACACUUCAAUUGACUACGGAUGCAUUUACAUAUAUCAUUUACAAUACUGAUUCUGAGAAGGUCAUGCCAUAUUUAGAAACUGUAGUCAACAUCCUUGAUAGACUACUUUCUUUGGAUGUGACGGAUACCGCAGCUAUGAACGUUGGCACUCUUAUAGUCACAAUUUUCACGAAAUUUUCCGCCCAAAUUUCAAGCUUAAUUCCUACUAUUUUGAACGCUGCGGUCAAUAGAUUGAUUGAUUGUAAAAAUAUUUCUACACAACAAAAUCUAGUUUCAUUACUAUGUUUCUUAUUCUAUUCCAAUACACAGGAGACAGUAGACUUUCUCUUCAAUCUUCCUCAGCAGAACAUUGUCAGGGAUGUACUAAUAAAAUGGUUUGAAUCAUUUGAGAUUAUCAGAGGUGAAAAAAAGAUCAAGGAAAAUAUAAUUGCAUUGGGUAAAUUGUAUUGCUUGCAUGAUGAAAAGCUGUUCAGCAUAAAAGUAAAUGGCGACAUUAUUCCGUAUGAGGGCGAUUUGAUCAUUACUAGAUCUAGAGCAAAAUCUCUUCCUGACAAAUAUACCCAAAUAACUAUCUUCGAAAAGAUUAUUAAACUAUUUAUUGCUGAGUUGGGCUUUCAAAAUAAGCAACCAGCUAUUGAAAAUUUGAUGACAAAUGAGACAACAGCUUUAGGAGACAGUAACGAAAACGAUGAUGAAUGGGAAGACGUGGAUGACGUUCUAGAUUACGAUAAAUUAAAAGAAUAUGUUAAUGAUGAAGACGAGUUGGAUGGGGAGGAUUCACGUGAAUAUGGUGAAGGGGAUGAAGAAGAAAUUACCGGUUUAGGAGAUGUCAGCCAAACGGUUACUGAAUUAAUUAUUGGCUUUUUCAAAGAUGUUACAUCAAAAAAUGUCAACAACUUCCAAUCAAUUUAUGACACUUUAUCAGAAAAUGAAAAGAUGAUACUAACUCAGUAUUUAGUAUAG